AUGAGUAUUUAUGAACCUUUGACUUGCGACCCCGAAGCCCCCCAGUUUCGUCUAUGCUGCAUCUUACCAGGCGCCCGAGGUGAUUCGAUUCGAUGCUCAAUCGAUAUCCAUGGCUUGAAGAACAGCCUCAGCUUUGAAGCGCUUUCAUAUGUUUGGGGAGACGAGAACGACAAGCGGCCCAUAGAAGUAUGUGGCAAUCAAAAAUUCAUCACGCCGAACCUUGGGACUGCGUUAGAGUAUGUACGAGACAAAUCCCAGGAAAGAUAUCUGUGGAUUGACGAUCUUUGCAUCAACCAGAAUGAUGACCACGAGCGGAGCGCUCAGGUGGCUAUGAUGGGCAGGAUAUACAAAACUGCUCGGCGUGGCAUUUCCUGGAUAGGUCUUGCCGACCCUCUUUUCGAUCCUGUGGAGCAUAUGGAAUAUGCUUGCGAUUUUCUUCAACAUGUCCGUUUUCUUAUCACUCACGAGCCCUUACAGCAGUUUCUUGAAAAUCAAAACGCAUGGAAACCGUACACCGACUUUCGCAAACACCAGGAAUACUUUGACGAUGGUCUUUACUCCAUUCAGCUCUUGUUAGGUGAGAGGCGGGAGCAGCCUCAAUACUGGAGCAGGGCGUGGAUUACUCAAGAAGUCGGAUCUGCCCGUUCAUGGAUCAUUCAGUGUGGAUCCCGCUUCAUAUCGGAUGCAGAUCUCAAUCUUAUGGCGGACUUUUUGAGUUCGCCCCUGGGUAGACUAUUUAUGGGAAAGAGGCACGAAGAGCGCAGGUUGAGGGCCCUUUUAGGCCUCAAUUCCUUCCUACCGGUGUCACUUUAUCGUUUCCUGCUUACUACAAACUCAAGCAUCCCUCAGAAGGCUCCUAGUCCUCGCUUUCACGGCACUAGAACACUGCUGAGUCUCUUAAGGCGUAACAGAUCUCUCUUGUGUAAAGAUCCCAAGGAUAAAGUCUUUUCUGUUGUAGGCGUAUCCGACUUUGCCAAAGAUUGCCGCACAACUAUUGUCAUCGACUACGCCAGCACCAUUGCAGAAAUUAAUACUGGAACGACUCGAGCAAUCAUAGAAGCUUCCUCUGCCUUAGAAGUGUUAUGCUCCACCAGUAUAGGCGACAGAUCACCUUCUCUCCAUUUGCCUUCGUGGGUGCCAAACUGGAAUGCAAUUAAGAAGUCAGUUGAGGCAGAUAGACCUGUUUCGUAUGGACACCAGCAGUCCACCGGAUACAGCUCCGCAGAAUUCAAAUUUUGGUUUCACGGCGGGAGCCAAAUUCUCUCCGUGGCAGGUUUAUGCAUAGGCACCAUCAUCGAUUACGAAAGCCCAUUCGUUCAUUUUAACGCUGAUGCCCUUCAUGGUUCCGAUGAAUUCACUGGCCUGGUCGAAUAUUGGAAGCUUUACUGCCAGCUACCAGAUGUAUACAGACGAAUAUCCUCAAGCCUAGAACCCAAGAGUUUGGCGACGGAAAUUUUCCGACGGACAAUCGCUCUCGGGCUACUAGAUCACGAUCCCAACGACCCGUUUAAGGAAUUUCUCGAUGCUUUGAACUUUGAGGACCAUGCUGACUGUCGAACAUCACCACCACCCAUCAGAUACGCCGGGAUGAGAUAUCGUUUUCGAACAAUGGCGGCUGCCAUAAACAUGCAGUGUUUGUUCGCGGUCAGACAAAAUGAGCUUUUAGAGUCUGUCUCACUUACCGAAGAUAUAAUCGGCAUUGCGCCUCCAGACAUCAUCGAAAAAGGGGACCAGUUUUGUUUGUUGCUAGGCUGUAGCGCCCCACUUGUUCUUCGACCUACUCAUGGCAACCGACACAUAGUGGUUUGCCCUGCCUAUGUUGAUCAACUGAUGGACGGCAGUGUCAUGGAACGACUCGAAAACGGCUUCGAGCUUCAGAAGUUUGACUUGGAAUAA